AUGCUGCUCACAGAAACGCAAGGUGGAAAGAGUCAAACAACAAGUCGUCAUCCGAGGCUCCAAGUGAGCCAUUGUUUGAUUCGGAAGAUUUUCGGUCGACAGGAGAACGCCCAGGGCUUCGCCACCAGCCCGCCAUCACGCCGUGACGAGGUUGCGUCGUGCGGACGGGCCAUGAUGGCUGACAGGGCUCUCCAGUCGCAAGGGUCUGCUGAAGCUGCCCGCAACAGCAGUGUCGAUCCUGCACAGGCAAGUCUCGAGCGUUCGUUGGCUGCUGCCGCCUGUUCUGAAAUUUCGCGAAUUUCUCGAUUUCGCGGUGGAAAUCGACAGCGUGGGCAGAGCGGUCGGUGUCUGGUAAAGAUCAACGUAGACCUACGCAGCGGUCGACGAUCUUUCACCAUCCCCCGGACUGCCCCUCGUAUCAACUUCGAAGCUGCCAGCUCCAUCCUCCCGUAG